AUGUCUUUUGUUCAAUCUUUGAGCUCCGAAGCUUUGAUUUUCAAGGUUAGACCCCAGGUUGCAAGGUUUCAGAAGGGCUCCUCAAAAGAACAUUGGGUUAUGCUGAUCGACCGUUGA